CUGAUUGGUCGAGCCGUACGCCCAUCAAGGCCGACCAUCGCAGGCAGCGGAGAGUGAAGGGAACAGGUUGUAAAGUGCUGCUGGAGGCUCGUACAAUCAUAUACUGUUGGUUGCAGGUUGUAACCGGACCUAACACGCAAGCUGGAAGGGCUCAGUGCAGCGUGGGUGCCCAGGGAUCCACUGCCUGAGUGUGGGGACAGUAGCGACCGAGACCCCAAAGACAUGAACCACACUAAGGGUGGCCUGGUCAUCUUCACCGCCAACUCGCACCCUUCGAGCCGCGAGCUGGGGAAGAGGAUCGCAGAGCGGUUGGGGGUGGAGCUUGGCAAGGUGCAGGUGUACCAGGAAGCUAACAGAGAAACGCGGGUACAGAUCCAGGAGUCGGUGCGAGGCAAAGAUGUCUUUGUCAUCCAGACAGUGUCCAAGGAUGUGAACACCACCAUCAUGGAGAUGCUGAUCAUGGUGUAUGCGUGCAGGACAUCCUGUGCUAGAAGCAUCACGGGCGUCCUCCCGUACUUCCCUUACAGCAAGCAGUGUAAGAUGAGGAAGAGGGGCUCCAUCGUCUCCAAGCUGAUCGCCUCCAUGAUGUGUAAAGCUGGCCUCACCCACCUCAUCACCAUGGACCUCCAUCAGAAAGAGAUUCAAGGCUUCUUCAACAUCCCAGUGGACAAUCUGAGGGCCUCACCGUUCCUGCUGCAGUACAUACAGGAAGAGAUCCCCGACUACAGAAAUGCAGUGAUUGUUGCCAAAUCUCCAGCUUCUGCCAAAAGGGCUCAGUCGUUUGCUGAGCGGUUACGUCUGGGUAUAGCAGUGAUCCAUGGCGAAGCUCAGGACGCCGAGUCAGACCAGGUGGACGGUCGACACUCCCCUCCUACUGUCAAGACCACUGGAGCCAUUCACCCCAGCAUGGAGAUACCACUGUUGAUCCCUAAAGAGAAGCCUCCCAUCACUGUGGUUGGAGACGUAGGAGGACGCAUCGCCAUCAUAGUGGACGACAUCAUCGAUGACGUCGACAGUUUCGUGGCGGCAGCAGAGACGCUGAAGGAACGAGGAGCCUACAAGAUCUUCGUCAUGGCGACACACGGCAUCCUGUCCUCCGAGGCCCCCCGGUUCAUCGAGGAGUCGGCUAUAGACGAGGUGGUGGUGACCAACACGAUCCCCCACGAGCUCCAGAAGCUUCAGUGUCCGAAGAUCAAGACGGUGGACAUCAGCAUGAUCCUGUCGGAGGCCAUCCGGCGCAUCCACAACGGAGAGUCCAUGUCGUAUCUGUUCCGCAACAUCGGCGUGGACGACUGAACGACACACACACACAAACACAACCAUUUGCCUUCUCAGACUCCAGGAACAUAGACAUGAAUGAUAGAGAAACACCUACCUGUGUCAUUACAUAUGAAUGCUAACCCCUAACAUAGAACACACAUAGAUGUCUGAACACAUUUCCACAGAGCAUCCAUAGCUGUGACUGAACAAACACACACUGAUCUGUCUGUAAUGGACAUUAAUGGACUACUGCCGAGCUCUCUAAUGGCUGCCCUCUUGUUAAAACAGUACGAACCUCAGAACCUUCUUUAGUUACCUCUACAUCUUGUCCACUUUUUGUUUUUUCUCUCCAUAGAUGUUGGAUACGUGCGUGUUUAGAAAAUAUGUUAGCGCCGAAUGUCUCUUUCUGAUCCUGUUAGUGAAGCAGAUUGUACUGAUAGCGUGUCAGUGCCUUCUACAGGACAAAACAACACACAGGCCUUCAUCGCUCUCACUCAGCUAACGUUACUAACUCAUAACAUAUGCAGGUUUCCAGCUGAUUAACUUGUGUCCAGUUUCCAAGUGCAUGUUUCGAUCCAGAUCGGUUUUAUUUGUCUACUUAUGUGGUUAGUUUAGACGUCUACCAGCCAGCCAUGUCUGCGUGGUUGCCAUUGCACUUCGAUGCUAAUCUGGUGUCAAAUCUACGAACCGUGAAACUGGAAAUAUUUACAAUCGGGCGUUAAAUUUAUUGGCAGUGCACCGAUGAAAUAUAAAUCAUCCACAGAACAUUUCGUGCCAUCAUUUCAAUACAUGUCUGAUAUUUGUUCUCGCCACAGAUAAGUACUGUCCCUCUGGAUCUUACAAACUCCAGAUCUGAAGUUAUAUUUAAGAAGUCAGUCUCUGUCAGAAGUGGAAGGCUUGUUCUUAAUAAUGUGGAAAAGGGUAAACGUAUCCUCGACCUUUUAGAUCACCGUGGACGAGAGCAAUUAAGUUAGCUUGAUUUAUCGGACUUUUAAACUGUGGCUCCAGCUGGAAAACUGAAACUUUUUCUGACAAGAAAAAACUUGACUGAAGCAGGUCUUUGUCACUUUGCCAGAUGUUCCAAAAAUGUUUUGUAUUUAUUUUCAACACUUAAUAAAUAUGAUGUACGAAAGUAA